AUGUCGUUACACAUUUAUAUUGCUCACACUGGUGAGCAUUUACUAGCUGAUCCGGUUGCCUUUGCCUCCCCAGAUGCACUCAAAUUAUGGAUCGUCCGAAGUACGUCGAUUCCACCUGCUAGGCAGAUCUUGAUGACUGCCCGCGGCAAGAAUGUCAAGACCCAGACUCUGGCCACCGAGUCCGAGAUUUUUGUCUAUGACCGACAAUAUGUGAGCGAGCCUGGCGAGAUCGAGCUUCCGGAGCUACCUCCGCCCGAACCCUUUCAACCGAGCAACCCUCCGGCGUCCCUCACAAACCAAAACGACCUGCAGGCAUGGCGGGACCUCUUCAUGACAAGACGGAGCUGGGCUCUCGACUUGUCCAGCCGUUGUGGAAAUAUCAAUAAGAGCAUACAGGAGCACAACGAACGAACUAAUGUCAUCAAUCGCGCAGUUGGCGUUGCCCUCGAGAACCUGAAAUCCCACGUGGGGACCCUCGAACAUCGAUUUCAAGAGACACAGGAAUGGGCGAACAAUCUUUUGGAAGAGCAGCAGUCUGCCCUGGAUGGCUGGCAUACGGCUCUGGAGACGCUAGAGAAGAUCCCGGCUCGGAAAGACUCCCCUCUCAUCGGCCGCCCAUCUACACCCAAGAUGGACAAAGACCGGCCUACUGGGACUCUUCGUGACUUUGUUGAUGUCAACGAGGUCCAGCGAGCUGGAUUGGAGGCUGCAUCUGCAUCGCCACGCUUUGCUGGGCAGGUCCAGGACAUCGAGAACUCGGUCAGCGGCAUUGCAUCGGACACCCAACAACUGAUUGACCAGGUAAUAACGUCACCCGGUGAGGGAGAUGAGAGCUUGCUUGAGGAGGUGGAAACGAUUGCAAAGAAGAUUGGCUCCGACUAUGAACAUGUCCUCAGCCUUCCGAACAACCAAAAGAUGCUCGCGAAUGUCUCUAGGCUUGCCCUCAACCACACCCAAAAUCUUCUUCCGUCGCUGUUGGAACUCGCCGCAGAUAUGCAGCAGACCUUGGAACAAGCUGUGUGGCGCCGCGGUGCCGCAGAAAAGACGGCUCUCCAGCACAUGCGCACAAUUUCCUUUAUCACUUCGCGAUUGGCCAGUGCUCACUCCCGGUUGGUCAAUUUGGAUGUGGAUAGCAAUGCGUUUGAUGUCAUCUACAGUGUCUUUCAGAUGCCAAUGCUUUAUGGAUCUAUCCUAAUUGAGUCGGUGCGACGUCGGGAAUGGAGUGACAAAAUCAAGGCCGACUCCCUGACUUUGGCCGAGGAGAUGGCUGUAUUGAAAGAUGAGGAACAGCGUCGCCGGAAAAAAUGGCUGAAAACCAUGGGGGAUGUCAUCUCAUCUGCAGACUCCUCUGCUCCCGGGAUCGAAAUUAACCUACAAGGGCAAGAUGAUGAAUGGCCCGAAGUGAACCGACAAGAAAUCGAAGCCUAUAUUGAAGACUUACGAUCAAAGCAUUCCUUGAAUAACAUUGCGGGGGACUUAUCUCAGCAGUUCAAAGAAUUGGAUGCCCCCACUCGUCAUCAAAGACGACGUGCGAAAGCAUUCAAGAACGGCAGUGUUUUUGAUCUGGGUCGAAGCUCUAUAUUACUACGCGGCGAUGACAUGGUUCGGAGUCUUCAAGAGGAGAAAGCGAAGUUGGAAGAUAGGCUCAAAGGUUCGGAUAGCCGGAUUCGCAAGCUGGAGGAUCUGCUUCAUCGCCAAAGCCAUCUCAGUCGCCCGUCCAGUGGCAAUUUCGGAUCUGAAUAUCCUAAUCCUCCGGGAUCUCCACACCCGGAUACUUUAUCACGACGCUCUUCGGUCUCAUCUAGACGUGUUUCCAUGACCCAGUCCCCGGAGGAUAGGGCACUCGUCCAACGCAUCGUUACGCUUGAGGCGGAGCUGGCAGCAGAAAAGGAGAACGUUCAGAGACUCCACAAAGAAGCACACGCAGAGCGCCAAACCAGCUCUGACAAGUACCAAGAAGCUCAAUCUACCAAGAAAGAUCUUAUUGGGAACCUUGAAGCACGCCAGCGUGAGUUUGAGGAUGAACGCAGAUAUCUCGAGUCAGAGGUGAAGAAGUUCAGGCUCCGCAAUGAAGAAGUCGAGGAGGAACUCGACAGACUCAUGGACGGUCGUGACCAUGAGAAGCAGGAAACCGAUGAACGCAUCCACCAACUCGAGGCUGAUCUGGAGGGUGCUCAAGCUAUCUCUGCCGAGGAUGCGCGCAGGGUGGAUGACCUGAAUGAACGCAUCCAAUCCCAUGAAAACAAGGAACGCGAGCUUGAGACGAAGGUCAAUGAACUCGAGCACCAGCAAAUCGGUUGGAACCAGAAAGACCAGGAAAACUACAACUCUCUCCAGGCAGCCUUCAUGAGCUUGUCUCCCGGGGGUGCUGUGCCCGAAGAAAUUCCCGGUGUUAUCAAAGCCAUUGAGGUGCUUUCUGAAGGGCUCUCAAUCCAUGCUAGGAAUGCCGAGGAUAGCGCGUCCAAGGCGCUGGCCGAAAACAAGACCCUUGAUGAACGAGUCAAACAACUUGAGUUCGAAGCAGAGGAGCACUUCAAGAACUUUGAGGAACAUGAAGCUGAAUUGGCUCGCCUUAACAAAGAGCUUUUGCAAACCCGAACGGGGCUUAACGACGCAAGAGCCGAGCUUGAACAGGAGCGUUCGAAGCUGAGCUCAUUGCAGUCACAAUCACCAGAAGGGGAGAGCGGCACUGAGGAAGGGCGGAGACAUGCAGACCUUUCGCAGAAACUGGCCGAUACCGAGUCACGGGCAAAGCGCUUCCAGGAGAGAGAACUCGAGUGGGAGAAGAGAUUCGAGGCACUCUCGCAGGCAGAGCGACAGGCUGUGGCUCGCUUCGAGGCUAGAGGAGCCAAGUCUCACGAUCUUUCUAGGCAACUUUAUUGGCAGAUUGAGAAGCUAGAAUGGGUGCUUGAGCAGCUAGGCUUCGCAAUCAUCCAGCAAGAUGGCCAUCUUGUUGUCCAGCGAGCUUCCAAGGUCAAUGCCAUGUCUGGCCUCGGGGAAAGUCUAGCCCAGUCUGGCAUUGUUUCUGUGAAACCUGAUAACUCGCUACUCGGCUGGAUGCAAGCCGAGACAUUAGAAGAGGAGGAGGCCAAAUUCUCUAUUUUCAUCGAAAGCUUGUCUCACUUCGAUGUCUCUAUAUUCGGCGAUGCGGUCAUCAAACGCAUGAAGGACAUUGAAACCCUUGCCCGGAAAUGGUCGAAAGAGGCGAAAACAUACAAGCCUUACCGGGACAAGUAUCAUCGGGUCCAGAGCGAAGCUCAUGAGAAGAUUGCCUAUCGGUCCUUCAAGGAGGGAGACCUGGCAUUGUUCCUGCCAACUCGCAAUCAAGCCAUCCGUUCUUGGGCUGCUUUCAAUGUCGGUGCACCGCAUUACUUCCUGCGCGAGCAAGAUACCCACAAACUCCAAGCACGAGACUGGCUUCUUGCCCGUAUCAACAAGAUUGAGGAGCGUGUGGUUGAUCUCUCAAGGUCUUUGAACGGCGUUGGUCCUGACCGACGCUCCCUUGGCGAUGCCAGCGAUGGCGCCUCGCUACUGGAAGACGAGAACCCCUUCGAGCUUUCCGAUGGUCUUCGCUGGUACCUUAUCGAUGCGACGGAAGAAAAGCCCGGCGCGCCUGCUACUCCCGGGAUCUCGAAAAGCACUGUCGCGUCUGCAAAUGUCGACGCCAAAGGCAGUAUCCGCGUGAAGCGCCCAAACGAAGACAGCACCGUCGCCCAGACUUUGUCAAGAAGUCUAGACAGCCGCCGCGACAGUUCCAACUCUAAACGAGGUACUCCCACGCCCUCACAAAGAGCCAACGACUCAGCUACAGAUCUCGUCCGUGCUGAGGCCGACGCCAGCUCCCAGCCUCGAGAGGCUGAUCCGAUAUUCGACGAGGUUCGCCGCGAUCUGCUCUUUGGCCCGUGA